GUUAGUGCUUAUUAUACGGAGUUAGUCACAUUAUGGGAAGAAUAUCAGAAUUAUAUAGAACUUCCAGUGUGUACUUGUGGCCGAUGUGAAUGCAAUGCGGCUAUUCUGUGGGAAGGAAUGCAGCAUCGUAGUAGAGUUACAAAAUUCUUAAUGGGUCUGAAUGAAAGUUAUGAGCAGAUUAGGCGUCACAUUCUGAUGUUAAAGCCGAUUCCAAGUAUAGAAGAAGCAUAUAAUAUGGUAGCACAAGAUGAAAGGCAGCGAAUGGUUAAGCCUGCAGUAAAGCCUGAUAAUGUUGCUUUCCAGGCAUCAAGCUCUUUUGACGCAUCUGCAACUGGUGAUAAUAGUUCAUAUGGAAUGGAACCAUAUGAAUAUAUUGCAGCUUAUAACACAUAUCGACCAAGGAAUAAUAGACCGAUGUGUACUCAUUGUGGGAAGAUGGGACACACUCUUCAAACUUGUUUCAAAGUGCAUGGUUAUCCUCCAGGAUUCAAGACUCAGAAUUCGUCUACUCCAGUUCCAUAUGGUAACAAGAUGGGUACUGCUCCUAGGAAUCCAGUGCCAGUAAUGAAUCAAGGACAAUUUCCAAAUCAGGGACAGUUUACUAAUCAAGGCCAGUAUAAUCAAGGUUUUGUACCAAGACCAAGGACUGUGGCUAAUGUGCAAGUCAUGAAUGGUGAUAAUGGUGGUCCUAUGUUAUACUAUCCACCUCCAACCAUGAAUGCAGUAAAUCUGGAUGUGAGUCAGUUGACUCCAGGACAAGCACAAGAUCUUAUACAACAGUUAUCUCGGGUACAAGUUUCUGAACCUAUGAUUAAUCAGAUCACUUCUGUCCAGAGUUCAGAACCAGUAGUUUCUUCUUCUGCAACUAUAACAGAAUCUGGUGUCAUGGCUCCUCAAUCUUCAUCUGGAGUCUUCUCAGGGAUGGAUGAUUGGGAGUGCUAACAUUUUUCACAAUCUAUACAUUCUGAAUAUACACUCCCUAUCUUCACCUGCUAAGCCUCCUGCUGUCACUCAUUUCUCUGGAUCCUUGUCAGCUGAUGGGACUCUUUGGCAUAAUCGUCUAGGCCAUCCCUCAACUGCCAAGUUACAAUCUAUGUCUGGUACACUUUCUAUUCCAAAAGUAGCUAUAUCAAGUCUAGAUCAUUGUUCAAUUUGUCCCUUAGCUAAACAAAAGCGUCUGUCUUUUCCUUUUAAUAAUCAUCUGUCAUCUAGUCCAUUUGAUUUGAUACACUUAGAUAUUUGGGGUCCAUUCUCAGUAGAGUGUAUAGAAGGUUAUAAGUAUUUUCUUACAAUAGUUGAUGAUUGUACAAGAGUUACUUGGCUUUACUUGUUAAAGAAU